AUGUUUACAGGGCGAUUCCCUUGGAAAUCACUCCGGAAUCUCACCAGGCUCAGUUUCCUGAGCCUAGGGGACAACCCUUUUGAUAAAACUCCUUUUCCUUUGGAGAUACUAAAUCUGCAAUAUCUAUCUUCUCUUUACCUUAGUAAUUGUACGAUCGAAGGGCGAAUACCCGAAACGAUCGGGAACCUUAGUUUGUUAGAGAGCCUCCAGCUCUCUAUUAACUAUCUGGUUGGAGAGAUUCCGGUGGGAGUUACCAAGUUGAUAAAUCUGCAGAUGCUUGAGCUUUAUGACAAUCAACUCUCCGAGACUCUUCCGGUCGGGUUGAGUAAUCUUGUGAAUCUUGCUGAGUUUGAUGUUUCCACCAACUUGCUUUUUGGGGAUUUGUCCGAGUUAAGAGGCUUGAGUAGAUUGGAAUCUUUACACUUGUUUGAAAACAAUUUUUCUAGUACAAUUCCUGAAGAAUUCGGAGAAUUUAAAUAUUUGAGGCAGUUUUCGAUCUAUACGAACAAGUUCACAGGUGAACUGCCUGGGAAAAUCGGGUCGUGGGCCGAAUUUGAAUACAUUGAUGUAUCAACAAACUACUUGACGGGUUCGAUUCCACCGGAUAUGUGCAAAAUGGGGAAAAUGACAAAACUUCUAAUGAUUCAGAACAACUUUACUGGUAGGUUACCAGAGAAUUAUGCUAGUUGCACUUCGUUGAUUCGGUUGCGAGUGAAUAAUAACUCGCUUUCGGGGCGAGUUCCUGAUGGGAUUUGGAGUUCGCCUAAUUUGGGUAUCACUGAUCUUGAAAUGAAUCAGUUUGAGGGUCAAGUGGGGCGAAAUAUCGGUGAAGCGAAGUCACUUGCACAUCUUUUUCUAGCGAACAAUCGAUUUUCGGGUGAAUUACCGAUGGAGAUAUCGAAUGCGUCAUCUCUAGUGGAAAUCAGGCUGACCUCGAAUCUGUUUUCGGGUGAAAUUCCGGUAACUAUUGGUAGCUUGAACAAGUUAAGUAAACUUCUUUUACAAGAUAACAAGUUUUCUGGGGCAAUUCCAGAGUCUUUGGGUUCAUGUGUGUCACUUAAUGAAAUAAAUCUAGCUGGAAACUCGUUUUCGGGUCAAAUUCCGGAGAGUCUGGGUUCGUUAGCGAGUUUGAACUCGUUAAACUUAUCGGGUAACAAGCUCUCGGGAGUAAUUCCCGCGAGUUUGUCUUCGUUGAAGUUGACACUUAUCGACUUGUCAAACAACAUGUUGUUCGGGCGUGUGCCGCAACCUCUUUUAUUGGUGGCUUACAAUGGCAGCUUCGCGGGCAACCCGGGGUUGUGUGCUGAUGGAAGUAAAGAUCUUCGGGAAUGUUCACCGGUUUCUCACAAGUCGUGUCAGGUUAAACUCGCAAUGUAUUGCUUCAUAGCAGUUGCGGUUGUGUUGAUGUUUUCGUUAUCGUACUUACUCUUCUUAAAGUUGAGUAAAAUCGAUUGUAAAAGUCCGAUGAAUCGGGGCAGUUCAUGGGAUGUGAAACACUUUCAUGUUCUAAAGUUUAGUGAAGAUGAGAUAGUAAGAUCUCUUACACAAGAGAAUAUAAUCGGGAAAGGCAGUUCGGGGAACGUUUAUAAAGUCGAUCUAAAAUGCGGGGAGCAAUUGGCCGUGAAACACAUGAGUAGUGCUGAAAUCUUACCGAAAGAAAGAACCCGGUGGCCAGAGUAUGAGGCGGAGACUUGA